AUGGAAGGGAACCGAGAAUCCUUGAAGCGAAGCAGAGCGGACUUCAAAGGCCAUGAGUCGACGGAUGAUGGCUCUGAAUAUAAUGGAUUUGACGACUCCGAGGAAGAAGAAUGGUGGAGGGAAGAUGAGAGCGAGGAUUUGGAUUGUGAACAAGACAUUGAAGAGCAUGAGUAUACCAUCUCCGGUGACACGGCACGAACGGUGAAGAUUCGGCUCUUCUUGACCGAUGACGGAAUGGACCAGUCCAGGUGGAUGAAAAACUUUGUCGCCAAAUGCACUUGCAAUGGUGCCGCUGUCGCGACUGCUCUAGCCCGGUAUAUUCAGCGAGAGGGAAUGCGCUCUGAAUUCUGGGAAAGGAUGGAAGAGGUUAGCUCGGACAUGUGCGGUGUGGCCUUCCAAGUCUUUGAUCGAUAUGGAACAGUCAAGACCAAGUAUAAGGGUCAUCCGGUGCAAAAAGGGACUGGUGUAUGGGGAAACGAGCUCGACUAUGGCCCUCUUUUCCUAAUUGAGGAACUUCAUGUUGGAGCGCUCGAACUAUGUCGGAAAGGGCUGGGGCAGAAAAUGGUGUCCUUACUAUUGAACAAAGCCAAACAGUUCCGCCUUGAGGAGAAGGGAGAUGGCAAGAACGCAGAUCUUUUCUACGGUUCCAGGGAGGCCUUUGAGCGAGCAUGGACUCUACAUGCCCUGGUAAGUCCUGGAAUACUAACAGCCGACAUCGAAUCGCAGUUAGUAGGCAGGUCCGCAGAAGAACGCUUGGCGAUACGGGCUCGAGCGCAAUUCGGCGCCAUCCUCUUUUGGCGAGCAUGCGGUUUUCGCCGAAUCGGAGCAUCUCACUGUUUUGCGUUUUCGUUCGAUUCCCAGCAUCAGUCUCGCACCCUUGCGGCGGCUUCUGAUUUCGACCCGCGUAGAGACGAUGCCGAAGAUCUAGAGGACGAAGAACUCUACGAGACAGCUCCUUUCACUGAGGUGGAGAAACUGAAGAUGGAAAGACUGCGCGACGCGUUGCCGCUGCAUCAUGCAGCUCUCACUCUGGCGGACGAUGAGCUCAAAGCAUUUUUCAUGAUUCAUGCCGACGACCAAAUUGGCUGGGAUCGAGUGACCAACUCUGAAGCCACGCUCCUGCAUCUAACAGCUUGCGAGCUCAAGCCCCUGAGUACUCGGUGGCUACUUGAGAAUGUCCACCACGCUGACUCGUGGAAGACGGCUCGUGAUAUUGACGGGUUCACCCCGCUUGAAUCAUUGCAGGAGAAGUUGGAGACCAUGCGAACACAAAAGGAAGUUGGAAUAUCAAUGGUCUUGAACCUGUCAGACCAUUUUAGAGGGUACCCCGACACCGCACUGUCCUGUCUCUCCUUACUGUCUGAGCGGGAUACUUUAGGGCUUAAUGACGAAUGCCUCCGAUACGGGUGUACAUGCGGAGAGUGCCUGGAAGGGUUUCUAUCCGCGCGGAUGAGGAGCUCUUUGGUCUUUCAGGGGGAGACUAAGUACGACCUUAUUCGGGACGAUAUUGAUGAUGGUGAGUUUUGGAUAGAGGACAACCAUGACAUCCUCGUGCACCUCGAUCCUGAUGUGCGAACGAACCUCGAAACCAACAAGUCACUUCGACGAGGCUUUGUGAAUAUGUUCCGAAUCGCCGUGGAGUGUCUCAAGGCGAACAGAGUUCCCACCGCAGAAAAUCUCGAGUGGUGCUGUAACAACCGGAGCGAGUGGCCACCGCAUACCAAGAACUACCUGCGACGCGCUGGGACGCAGAUGGGCUGUCGGGCAGUGCUUCGGUACAUGUUCGACGCUGCUAAGGAAGAGGAUGAGAAAGCAGGCAAUGGAGAGUGUCAACUUAUACUGAAGGAGGAAUGGUCCGACCUACCAACAUGCAGAAACGAUCAUGAGUUUGAAUUCGUUGCCAGGGCUUGUGGUUACGGUGGGGAUGAUUUCUGGUAG